AUGCCCACAACCGAGGAGGAAAAAGCGGUCAAGAAGAAGGAGAACGAUAAAAAGUGCAAGCUUUAUUUGAGUGCUCGGGACAAAAUUUUCGAAAAGAGAAGCAAAGGCGAGUUUAACUUUUCAUUUUUUCAAAAAAUACUAUUUUUUCAGGAAAUUAUGAUGAUGAAAUAUUGGCUUUGACACAGGCGGUUCUCGAGAAAAAUAGCGAUAAUUAUACGAUUUGGAAUAUUCGCCGAGAGGCUCUUCAAAAGCGAAUCGAUGAUAAUAAUGAAUUGGCCAAGGUUUUUCUUGGAAUAAAAGGAAGAUUUUUUGAGGAUGGAAAAUGUUUUCAGAGUGAAACGGCGAGCGAUGAAGAAAAGGCGAAAUCUCAACGUUCCAUUGAAAGUUUAUUGGCUGGAGAGCUUUUCAUGUCCUAUGAGUGUAUCAAGGUGGUUAUUUUACCUUUUAUGAAUUGUGUUAUUUCAAAAAAAUAUUUUUCCAAAGCUUUUUAUUAAAAAAAUCCAGUUUUUGAAGGGCAUUAUUGGAGAACUUUAUUAUUAAAGUUAAAAAAAUUUCAUUUUUAUGGUGAAGUAUUUUUUGUGAGUUUCAUACAACAGCCUUUUGAAGAACUUGAGAAGAAAAAGAUGAAUUUUUGAAGAAAAAUUUGCAAGAAGCUUUUUAAGCUCGUUUUUUUCUUAUUUUUCCGAGUUAAGAUCACUAGAACUUUUUUUAACCUUUAAAUUAAUUUUUUAUAUUGCUAAUCGGGCUUUUUCCAGCAAAAAAAGUGCAUUUUGUUUUGUUAUCACCCCUUUUUGUCAACUUGCAGUUUUGUUAAAGUAUUAUAAAUUUUUUUCAAAAAUUAAAAAAAUGUAAUUUAGAACAACCCAAAAAUCGUAUUCCUGUUGGUUCCAACGAAAUUGGGUGCUCGAAAGGCAGUCGGAACCGGAUUUGAAGCAGGAAUUGGCCCUUUGCGAAAAAGCCCUGAAACUUGAUUGCCGGCUAGUUUUUCCCUAUAAGAAUUUUUUAAAAAUUGUAAUUUUUUUAGAAAUUUCCAUGUCUGGGACCAUCGGAGAAUCGUCGCUCGAAUGGCUCAACGGACGGCCGACGAGGAGAUUGAGUAAUUUUCUAUAGAAACUUUUAAUUUUUGUCUAAAAAUAUGGUUUUCAGGUACUCGAAUCAACUGGUCAGCGACAAUUUUUCAAAUUACUCGGCUUGGCAUUAUAGGUUUCUUUUUUUAAGUAGAAAAAAGCCCAAAGAAAUUCUCUGAAAUUUCCUUAGAAAGCUUUUAAAAACACGUUUUUUUUCGGCUUCGAAACCGUUUUGAACUUUCUACCCUUCAUAAUUUGAUCUGAGAAAAAUUCUAGUGGCCACUUAAGUGACUCCUCAAGGGCUACUUGUAGAAGACACUUAAGCGGCCACUAUUUUGCGUCUUAGUGGCCACUAUAGUACUUUUAGUUAUCUAGUAGGAUCACUCGCACUCCUAAAUUUUUUUCGCCUAACUGGUCACUAAUUCGACUACUAUAGUGGCCACUGAAACUGAAGGCCACUGAAAAAAAAGUUCUUUCACAUUACCUUGGCAAGCUUUAAAAAAAAGGAUUUUUUCAGCUUUCAAACCUUUUUUUUGAACUCUAUCAGUUUUCUACACUUUAUAAUUUCAUCUGAGGAAAAUUGCCACUCAAGUGGCUCCUCAAGGGCUUUCUGGAGAGGACACUAAAGUGGCCACUAUUUUGCGUCUUAGUGGCCACUAUAGUAGUUUUAUUUAUCUAGUGGCAUCACUUGCCCUCCUAAAGAGGCCAAUAAAUUUUAUUCAUAUAAGUGGACACUAAUUAGACCCCUACAGUGGCUACUAAAACGUCGAAACCCUACAUUGGCCACUGAAGAUUUUCCUCACAUUCAAAGCGAUUUUUCCCCCAAAAGGCCAUGAAAAAGAUGCUAAUAGCUCUUUUUAAAUUUUUUCUCAUGAAUCCGGAUUUUAAGAAAAAUUUUUAACUCAGAUCCGUACUGAUCCAAAAAGUUCACAUGGAGAAAACGGGGCAAUAUCGGCUGGAUAAUGAGACGAUUGCUGCGGAAUUAAAGGUCUGAAAUAACAAGAAUUAAAAAAUGUUCAGAAAGUAAUUUCGGCCGCUUAUAUGGAUACAGAUGAUCAGAGCACCUGGACCUAUACGAGGUGGCUUCUGGAUGUUGGCUCCGGGAAAGAGUUUUUGUGAGUUUCAGAAGGCUUUGAAAUGUACAAAUUUUUAGAAUUUCGUUUUAAGAAAGAAGUUUUUUUAAAGUUUGAAGUCAACUUCUGAGAGUUUCAGACUGGUUUCAAAGUGAAGGGAAUUGAAGUGUUUUACAUCGACCCAAAAAAAAGAAUUUUUCAAUUUCUACAGUAAUUUAUAUUGAUUUUUCCAUUUUUUUCUAAUUGGCUCUCCAUUUUUUUGAUGAAAUAGACAUUUGAUAAACUCCAUUUACAGCGAUUCUUUACAAUUUUUCUGAAGUUAGUAAUGAAAAUUUCACCAUGAGAUUCAAAGACAAGUGCUUUAUUUCAAUCAAAUAAGGUAAUAAAAAAAUUUUAAUAAUGGGAAAAAAAGGCAUUUGUAAGCGUUAUAUGCUUUUUCCUUUGUUUUUUUAUCCGAUUUUCGAUUUUUUAUCAUAUAAAAUUCUCGUCCUGAAAAGAGUGGGAAGUUAAAGAAAGUAAUGUUUCAAAAUUAAGGGCUUUCGGGCGAUUUUUACUCCCUAAAAACACUUUUGGGUCAUUAUAUUACCAUUUGCUGAUACCUUUUCACAGAUUCAAAUUUUUGGAAGAAAGUUUUUUUUAGUGAAGCCCGAAUUUUGAAUUUUCCGGAACUUUGAACACGGCUCUCAUUUCUGUGAUCAUAUGAUUUUCAUUUGCUGAUUCACGGCUGACUUGAUCCAUCGAAAAAAGGUCCUGGCACGAUAAGAAAAGAGACAGUGUCUGGUUGGUGGAGAGCGCAGACAGUUCACUUCUUUUUUUCGUCCCAAACUGGCCGUGAAUAGGCUAUACGUUUCCACGAAAACAAAAUUUAGUGAUUCAUAUUGUUAGAAGUUUUUUUAAGAUUUUUUUUUUUUCAGUAAGAUUUCUAAAAACACCUUUUUCGGGGUCAUUAGUUCUAUUCACUGAUACCUUUUCACAAGAUCAGUUUUUGGAAGACAUUUUUUUAGUUCAGCCCGAAUUACGAAUUUCUCAAGAAAUCUGGAAUUUUUUGUUGUAGCCGUACGACUUCCAUUUAGUGGUACCUUUCCACGAAAUCAGUUUUCGGGGAUAAAUAUUUUUCUAGUCAUUCAAUAUUUCAUAUCUUUCCAAGUCCUCGUUUUUUCAGUGAGACCCGAUUCCUACGCUCCGAUCGUUCCUCUCAGCGCCUCGUUCCACGGAAACAACACCACGAUCGUCAUGUCCAGAGCCUGUAGCGUCGAAAAUGUCGUUGUUUUCGUCGAUUCCGAGGAGAAAUCCCGGUGGCGCGGGGUGGGGACCAUUUUUUUGGUUUAUACUGUCAGAUUUUUUUUAAAAUUUACACAGUCGAAUUGUUAUCUCCAAUUGCACUUGAAAAGGCCUAAAAAUCUUUUACAAAACCGAAAAGUGACCUUAGUUUUAAUAGGAUGUUCUUGUUGCUUCCUCUAACAGAAAAAAAGAAGAAUUUUUCAGAAAAAAGCCUCUUUCUUGAGAAAAAAGGAAGUAAAUAGAUAUUUGUACCAUUUUUUGGUAAUCGAGGAAUUUUUCAUCUUUUUUGCAUUUAUUCGACUUUUUUUGAAGUUUCCUUACUGCGACCCACAAUUUUUUGCACUUCCAGUCAAUUUUUAAUUUCUCGAUCUUUGUAAGUUAUCAUUUUAGUGGAGAAAAACGGUUUUCUUCUGUUAGGGAUGCUUAAACUUAGGCAAAUUCGCCCUUAAAAUUGGCUUUUCUUGAAAUAAAUGUGAGAGGAAGAGGUUUUUCACCAUUUUAGGCGGUCAAAGGAGAAUUUUUCAACUAUUCUGCAUUUUUAAACAUUUUUGAAGUGCUUUGAAUGCAACCCACAAUAUUUGUGUUCCAUAAAGUUGAUUUUUCAUUUCUCAUUGUUUGUAAGUUAUCAUUUUAGUGGAGAAACACAGUUUUCUUCUGUUAUGGAUGCUUAAACUUAGGCAAAUUCGCCCUUAAAAUUGGCUUUUCUUGAAAUAAAUGUGAGAGGAAGAGGUUUUUCACUCUUUUAGGCAGUCAAAGAAGCUUUUUCAACUGUUCUGAACUUUUUUUCAACAUUUUGAAGUGCUUUGACUGCAAUCGACAAUGUUUUUGCCCCAUAAUAUUGGUUUUUAACGUUUCAAACUAUGGAAGGUAUCACUUUAGUUAUGAAUGCUUCAAAUUAGCCAAAAAGCUCUUAAAAAAAUGCUUUUUUCAACUAUUUUGCAUUUUUUAAACAUUUUUGAACUACUUUGACUGCAAUCGACAAUGUUUUUGCCCCAUACAGUUGGUUUUUGAUUUAUCAUUGUUUGUAAGGUACCACUUUAGUGGAGAAAAUGGUUUUAAUUUGUUAUGAAUGCUCCAAAAGAGGUCUCAAUAGGGACCGCAAAGCCACGCCCCCUUUCGCGAUAGAAAAAGUGGCUUUUUUUUGGUUUUCAACUUUCAUUUUGUUGUAGUUGCAAAAUAUGUGGAACUGGCUAAUAAAAUUUGACACACAUGUACAGAAAAGCUUCCUCUUCCGCUUAAAAAAUAUUUCUCGCUUUUUUGAUGCGUUCUCGCGGAAUGUCGUACAAAAACGUGAAUGGAACUAAAAAAAUUUUUUUGUCAUUUUUUUGCUUUUUUUCAUGUGUUUUUCAGGUCGAACGCACUCUUUCUUUUUUUAUAUAAUGAUUUUUGAUUCAAGUAACGGUAAUUUUAAAACAAUAAAAAUAAAAAAAUUCGUCUUUGCCAAACAUUUUUAGGGAGUGCCGAAAGUCAUAAUUCAAAAUAUCGUUAAUAAGCGAAGAUAAUCGAGUAUUUGUUUUUUUCAAAAAUUUAGAUCAUGGGCUUACUUAAAUUUUUUUCUCCACAGCAUCUGCGCUUGAAAAAGUUGUUUAAUACACAAAAAUGCUCUUGAAACUAGAUAAUAAAAUUAGCGGCUUUUAUCACACAGAAAGCGAUCGAACGCAGGUUUUUUUAAACGAUUAUAUACAUUUAUUAGUGAAAGAUCUUUCAAUUAAAAAGAAUAAAAUAAAAAAAUUCGUCUUUGCCAAAAAUUAACGGGGCUGUUUUUAAGGCAGCGAUCGUUAAACGAGGAAAAAGCACUAAAAAAACAGUUUUUUUCGAAGUGAAUUUUUCACGGAAAGUUUGAGUGAAGAUUUGCGAACAUAUUCUGAUCAAAAAUAGCUGAAUUACUUCAAGUUUUUUUAUUUUUUUGAAAUAGGCAAUCUGUGCUACUCAAACAGCUCAAGGGUAUGGCGGAUGGAGGCUCCCCUUGCUAGACCUGACUGCUUGGCGCAGCGCGUGCGCUGCGAACUUUCAUUUUGAGGUCGCGAGUUCAAUGCCCGCAAGCAUCAGUUUUUUUGUUUUCUGGAAAAUACCGACUUUUUCGGCAAACUAGCACACUUUUAUCAUUUUAACACUCUAUUAUGAUUUGUUACAUCAUUAUAGACCAGUAUCAAAAACUUGUUCUAGAAGAAAAAAAUCGAGAAAAAAAUGUCAAAAAAAUGAAUAAUACCAAAAUUUCAAUACUAAAAAUGGUGCGCGGCGCGCCAUAUUUUUUUCGUCAUAACUUUUUUUCAUCCUCAAUCUUUUUUUCGAAAAAAACUAAACGGUUCUGAGUUUUUGAAUCGAAACAGCUAUCAAACCAUACAAAGCUCAAUGCUGAAAAAUUUUUUUUGAAAAUUCGUCUGCGGUCCCUAGGUCUCAACCAAGUUUUAAGUUUCAAAAAAAAAAUUUAUCGGAAAUAAAAAUGAAAAAGAAAAAAUUUUUGAACGCUCCCAAAUUAUUGUUUUAUCAUUUUAACCGAGAAAAAACGCUUUUCUUCAUUAUCGUUAUAAGGCUCAUUAUGGGACUCCGACAAAUUUCAUUAAAUUAUCAAUUCUUGUAUUUUUUGAAAGCUUAGAAGUCGAAAAUUGACAAUUCCAGUUCUCCGCCCUCUCAAGCCACCCCAAAACGUCUCGAGUUUGGCAAUAUCUCUCCGAUUCUCCUUUGCGGAUCGCCGUAGAGCACGACGAGGCUUUUUCUGGCGGUCCUUGGGUUGAAAUCAAGGAGAAGCCCUAUGUUGACAAGGUAACUGUGUAGUGAAUCAAUCAACUAAAAUAUUGAAAAUCAGACGCUCCUAAGGCGAAUUUACGACGUCGACCCGGUGGAAUCGAACAAAGCUGUCGAGGAAUUGUUGGCCGAUUGCCAGAGUUUGAUCGAGCUGGAACCGGAAAAUAAGGUAUUCAAAAAUCGCAGGAGCAAUCAUAUUUUUUUUGCAGAAGUCGGAAUUUUUUUAUUUGAAAUUUUUCAAGUGGGGCUUUCGAAACGAAUCCCAUAAGACAGCUAGAUUUCAUAGAUUAGGCUCAAAAUUUGCAGGCUGAAAAUCGUUUUCCAACAAUAUAGUCUGUUCACAUUUUAAAUGUCAAGUCCUCGCUGAAGCUCCGCCCCCUAAUGAUGCGAUAAACCAAUCAGAGAGCGAGCGUUUUCGAAUGACGUCAUUCUACUUGACAUUCAAAAUCUGAACGGACUAUAGCUUCUCCGCAUGCUUCUAUGUUGAGCUGUAUGCUGAGCUCCAUCACGAAGGCCUUUUUCCAGGAAUUCAGUCCCAAAUUUUGAAUUUUUCCAGUGGCCCUUGUACAUGAAGACCCUGUGCUUAAUGGAAUACAAAUCCGCGGAAGCACAUGGCGAAAUCAUGGACGGCUUGAAGAAGUUGGGCGAUGAACUUGACGUCAAGAGGAGGAAGGUUUGUGUUGGGCCCGGUGGCCAGUGAAGACCUUGUAGUAGAAGAUUCAAAAGUGGCACGAAACUAGACCCUUUUCAAUAACGAACAAUGUGUUAUAUAGGGCUGAGGGAAGAUAUCCGGAAGAUUAUGGAAUUUUUCCAGAAUAAAGGUGAAGUUAGUUUUUAAUAAUAAUAAUAAUAAUGAUAGGUUCAUUCACUGCAAAAAAGUAAGUAGGUAGAAUCGCAAUAAAAUAACCAGUAAAGAUAGACUCUGACCCGGAGUAAGACAGGAAUUAGAGCAAUCGGGCGAAAAAGGCAGAUCAUCGACCCGUGACGAAUCAAUGAAGAUAUUGAGAUUCGAUUACAAAAGAUGGAACAUUCCAGAGUUUUAAAUAUUCGUCCCUAAAGCAAUAGAAUAUUCGAGAACAAUCUCGAACCUUCUAGAAAGGAUGGUAGGACGGAAAAUUUGAUCCGCAAAAAUACGUAGCGUGAAAAUUACGAUCACAUAACCUCGGAGCCACUAAAAUUGCAAACCUUCAAAAUUUUUUCAUAAAAUUUAAAAAUUGUUCAGAUGAUGACUUUUUGAAUUUUUUUCUUUUCUUUUUUUUCACAUUUUUUCUUUAUUCUUAAUAUUGAUUCAUUCCAGAGCUAGAGUCACUGUUUUCAGUAGGUUUCUAGAGAUUUUAAUCAUUAUCAUCAGUAAGAAGUCUGUCAUUUUGUGUUAGAAACAUGGAAAAACAUAUUUAGUUGGCAGAUUUUGAACUUUAAUGAUUUAUAGCACAAAUUAAUUGGGAAAACAAAAGAAAAAGAGUUAAAACUUGAAAUUAGGUUUCAAAACGUUAUCAAAUUCUGGGAUCGCCGGGAUAACUCAACGCAGAAAUGAGAAUCAGUACUAGAGCAAAAGUUUGAAGAAGACCAGAACGAAGAAAAACAGAAAAUACAGAAUUUUAAAGCCUUCUAAUUUUAGUGGCUCCCAGGUUAUGUGGUCGCAAUUUUCAAGCGACGUGUUUUUGCGGAUCAAAUGUUCCGUCCUACCAUCCUAAAAAGGUAGAGAAUGAAGGAGAAGAGUGUGGAAAUUUCUAGACGGGAAACCUUUACACAGGACCUCUAUGACAUAACUCCAAUUUUAUAGAACAUUAUAGAAAAUCCCAGAAUCAGCUUAUUAUAACCGUCAUGCUCAAACAGUUAAAAAUAUCUCGGAUUUUUCAUACCAAUAAAUGAGGAUAAUUUGCUUCCGAGAAAACCGCUGAAAUGAAAUGAGCCUCCUUCCCAGUAUAAAAUACGUUACAGUAUGAAAUCAAAACACGCGGCUUCAAACUUUUAUUGGUUGUUUGCGUUUCGGUAAUUUAUAACUUAAUAAUGGUCUAUAGUAAAUCCUUCCCGACUUGAAAGGCGGAACGGGUAAAGUCGAUUCCCGGCUAGCUUGAUAUGCUAAGGGGGCGUGGCCUGUCUGCGCUCUCCAUGAACCACACUGUCUCUUUUAUCAUCGCGUCAGGACCUUUUUCUCGAAGCAGUAGAACGUUCUGAAACUCCUAGAAAGAUUGAGAAAAAACUCAGAAGAGUGGGGAACUUUCUAGAAGGCAAAGGAUAAUUCCUGUGACGUAGUGAGACUAGAAAUGUAUGGAAUAGAAUAUAUAAUUCUAAAAUCUGCUCAAAAUGAGCGCCUUUCUCGAAACAGUUUGAAAGCAUUUUCAAUAAUAAAUAAUCAUCCUCGACUCUUUUUAUAGCUGUUUCACGGCUGGCUUGAGCCAUCAAAGAAAGGGUCCUGACACGAUAAUAAAAGAGACAGUGUCUGGUUGGUGGAGCGCGCAGACACGCCACGCCCCCUCAGCGUCCCAAGUUAGCCGUGAAUCUGCUAUAAAACAAGAUUUCAUUAAUUUUCACAUCUGAGGGGAUUUACAGAUGUACGAAGCUCUAGCCUCAAGGCAACAGCUGAAUGAAACUCUUCGAACGGACGGACUUUUGGAAAAAUUGAUGAGCGGUGAAACCCAACAGUUGCCCCUGCGGUACAAGGAAAUUUCAAGGUCUUUUUUUUUUCAAAAUUGAAAUGGGCCGGGCUUCUCGGCGCCCUCCUCGUCUUACGGCGACCCUCUUAUAUUUACGUGCUAUUUUCAUAUUUCUAUGACCUCGCGGUGAGGGAACAGAGAGACGCAGACACUCAGAAAUGUUCAAGUCGUGGCGAAUGGACUAUAUCUACCCUAACCUAAUAUAUUCCAUUCACCGCCGACGAAAUUUAGGAUUAGAACUUCUAAUUUAGAAGAUCAAACCUUUUAUUUUCGCUCACUGUUUUGCUAAGAUCCUACUCAAAUCUUGCGUUAUAAGCCCUUAACACGCGUUCUCCCAGAAAAUCAAACAAAUGCAAAAAAUUUUGGUACAAAAAUUUCAACUUUGUUCCUGAGAGCUCUUCUUGCUAUCAUAGAUAGUGAACAACCUCUUGAAUAUUUAGAACCAGGUUUUAUUAGGCUCCGCCCACUUUCAGGCUUACUGUAUAAAAAACACCGUAAAAACCAAACUUUUUUCCUAGUGGAUCAAAUUGGUCCAAACAAAUUUUAAAACAAAAUAUGUUCUCAUUUGAACAUUUAUAGUUAUAGAACUGACCCGGGAAAAAUUUUCUUCCAGAAGAAAAAAAUUAAAGUUUUUUGAAAAAUGACGAUUUUCGCAGUCUUUGAGUCAUAACUAGUACUAGAACCCCAGAAUGCCUGGAUUUUUAUUUUUUCAAUCGACGCAUUAGGGUCUUGUGAGUAGAGGAAAAAUGUCUAGAAACUCUGAAUCCGGGUGAUCCAGUUGACCUCCAUGUCGGAGAACGCAUCCAACUUGAAAAUCGCAAAACCUUUGAAAAUUUCUAUUUUUUGUGAAAGCCGGGUUCCGUCUUGGUUCUUAUUCUUGUUCAACAUAACACAGCUCGCUGCAAAAGUACAGCUCAAAAGUAGCAAGCUGGAGCCCUUUGAAAAAAAAUUUCUGACGUUUUUCUAAUUUUUCGUUUUUUCGGCAUUUUUAAACUUUUCGCUCUAACUAGUAUUAGAACCCCCGAAUGCCUGGAUUUUUAUUUUUUCAAUCGACGCAUUAGGGUCUUGUGAGUAGAGAAAAGGUGUCUAGAAACUCUGAAUCCGGGUGAUCCAGUUGACCUCCAUCUCGGAGAACGCGGCCAACUUGAAAAUGGCUAAAUUUUUAAAAAUCAGUUACUUUCUUGGGAGCGGGAUUUUCCCUAACAUCUUUUUGCCAAUCAGACACAAUCCACUCAACACAAAAUUGGAACAAAAAGUUAUGGCUCUCAAGCAUGAGGAAAUUUUUUUUUUCCAAUUUUUCACUUUUUCGGAUUCAUUGUUUUUUUCUUUCCUUUCCAAGUAUUCAGCUCUAGGGGAUUAGGAUACCUGGAAUGUUUAGAGUUUUUUCGUUGUACUGAUCCGUUACAUCUUCCCAAGUUCUUUAAAAAUAUUCCCAAGCUCUGUUUCCGGGUGAUCCAGUUGACCUCCAAGCAGCCGAAGCGGUCGGCCUCGAAGUCGAGCGAAAUAAAAAAAAUUUUCCAAACCGUUUUUUUGCUUCCUGACCAGUAGUUCUCAUCAUCUGGAGGGUUUUCAGUGUAGUUUCCACUAAUUGCUAGCGUCAAUUUUUAUUUUUAGCUCAUUUUUAUUUUUGUCAGAAUUUUUUAAAAUUUUCGACGGGACGCAGCCCCAGCAAUACCCGUGUCUGUCGAAUAAUCUGGAAUUCCCUGGUAUUUCGCCUAAAAAAAGUUCUAACUUACGUAAAGCCACUACUUACGAAAAAUAGUGAAUACUAUUUUGUGAAAAGUAAGAAUCUUGUUUGUCGAUACCAAUUGUUUGACUUUUUUUUUGAGUUUUUCAAGAUGAAUCAUUUUUUUUGUAUUUUGCACGGAAAAAUUGUUCAAGUUUUCCUAUUUUCGAGGUUGAACAAAUUUUUCUCAUACAGAAAAAAAGAAAAAUAUUUCAACCGAAAAAAAUCAAAAUUAAAAACCCACCCCUCUUGAACUUUUUGCUGAAACUUUGCUGAACUGUACUUUAGGACUUUCCCAAUUGCAGAACAAAAAGAAAAUUUCUCGCAAUAUAUCCCGUUUUCCAGUUAUGACACUUCAAAAACCCGAAAUAGCGCUUUUUCGUCAUAAUUUGCGUAUUUCGAGGACUUCGAAGCUCUAUAACUCGGAAACAAGAUCUAUUGCGAGAAUUUUUCUUGAUCUGCAAUCAGGGGGUCCUAAAGUACACUUCAGUAAAGUUUCAGCAAAAGUUCAACCGGGGGGUAAAAAACGUUCCCUGGUAAGUUAUUUCAAUACAAUAAGAUAUCUGCGUCUAAAAAAUUUUUACUAAUUGUUCAUUUACACGGAUCAGUACAACGAAAAAACUCUAAACAUUCCAGGUAUCCUAAUCCCCUAGAGCUGAAUACUUGGAAAGGAAAGAAAAACAAUGAAUCCGAAAAAGUGAAAAAAAUUGGAUUUCCUCAUGCUUGAGAGCCAUAACUUUUUUGUUCCAAUUUUGUGUUGAGUGGAUUGUGUCUGAUUGGCAAAAAGAUGUUAGGGAAAAAUCCCUGCUCCCAAGAAAGUAACUGAUUUUUUUAAAAAAAUUUAGCCAUUUUUCAAGUUGGCCGCGUUCUCCGAGAUGGAGGUCAACUGGAUCACCCGGAUUCAGAGUUUCUAGACAUUUUUUUCCUCUACUCACAAGACCCUAAUGCGUCGAUUGAAAAAAUAAAAAUCCAGGCAUUCGGGGGUUCUAGUACUAGUUAUGACUCAAAGACUGCGAAAAUCGUCAUUUUUCAAAAAACUUUAAUUUUUUUCUUCUGGAAGAAAAUUUUCCCGGGUCAGUUCUAUAACUAUAAAUGUUCAAAUGAGAACAUAUUUUUGUUUUUAAAAAUUUGUUUGGACCAAUUUGAUCCACUAGGAAAAAAGUUUGGUUUUUACGGUGUUUUUUAUACAGUAAGCCUGAAAGUGGGCGGAGCCUAAUAAAACCUGGUUCUAAAUAUUCAAGAGGUUGUUCACUAUCUAUGAUAGCAAGAAGAGCUCUCAGGAACAAAGUUGAAAUUUUUGUACCAACGGUUAAUCGAAAAUCUCGGAGAACGUGUGUUAAAAUCUUAUUUUUCAGCCUAGAAGGCGUCGAGUACUUGGCCGGCUUGGUAAAUGACCUUGACGUGACCGGAAAUCGGCUGACAAAGCCCGAAGAAAUCGUCCUCCCCAAUUUGGAACACCUGACUCUCAACGAGAAUCCAAUAAGAAGGUUUGAAACGGAGAACUUUCUAGGAACACCAAAGUGGUCCCUAGAGGGGUUAACGGAAAAAACAGCCCUUUAGGGAACAUGAUAGGGCUCCCUAGAGAGUUUAGGUUGGACCCCUGAGCCCAAAAAGCUUGAGUGGUCCCUAUAUGAAUAUUUAGAGUUUUUGUUAAGAUUUGAAAGAUAAAAUGAGGUUAAGAGCCCCUAGAGUGGCCACUCACUAAAACCCCUAGAGUGGUCACUUUAUGAAGCGUUAGUGCCCCUAUAACGGAAGGUAAGGUGGUCCCCAGAUGGGAACUUGCCCUUAAAGUUGCCUUUCUAAUGACAACUCUGAUGUUCCUUAGUUAGCCCGUAUAUAUAUUUUUACAAAUGGGCUUCUAGGCUUCUACCAUCAGCUUCCCUCGGAAACUUGAAAUUCCUCUCCCUUGCCGCCACGGAAAUCUCACAGCUCAACGAUCUGAUCCCGUGCUUGCAGGUAACUUUUUGAAGAUUGAUGGCGCUUGAUGGACGGUAGAAGUUUGUUCAAGUGACUAAAGAGAGGCGAACGAUGACUUGAGCCUUUUUUUUGAUCUCCCUUCCGGUAUCUUCUGGAAGGUUGUCUAGGUUGUUCAAGUGAUUGCUUAAGAGGGUCUAGCAUCACUUGAGUGUCCACUAAGUAGUUCAGAAUUUUUCCUUUUUCGUUUUAUUUACGGCGCCUUCUGUAAGAUACUAGGCUGUUUGAGACUUCGCGUUAAAUCGCAAACCGCUACUCCCUGACGUCAUCCCUAUGACAUCAUCUUCAUUUACAAAAUUCGCACACGCAGCCAUAUCAUUUUAUUCAUUUUUUACGUUCCAAUUUAUAAAUUAGAUUCGACGUGAAAACUUUUCCGGUCACAUGAGAAGCAGAAAGAUAUCACACUUGAAAAUCCGCUUUUGAUUGGAAACUUUUUUUUUAUUCUUCUAUUUUCUUAUUUUUUUUAGAAACCUUUUGAAUGUUUGGAAUAUUCCUUGGCCCACGCUUACGCACAGUGUGCUCCUUUAAAUUUUUUUCUUUUUUUUGGGAAAUACAUUUCACAGAUUUUUUCGCUACGCGUAUCAAGUUUGCAAAUCGUUUAGAGCUACCUGAUAGUGUUAUUAGUGUCCACGGUUAGAAACUAAAUGCCUUCUAUGUCAAGUAUUCAUUUAUUUGACGAAUUUUUUCACUGUGGCUCAGUUUUUUUCGAAGCGAGCCACAGUCGGCUUCGCGCUAUGCGCGCUCCGCCUCCGUGUGAAGCCUUAAAACUAAGCCUAUUUUCUUAAGUAAUGCAUGAACAUGUAGGUGCAGUUUUAAUGCAAAGGCGCAAUUCAGGCCCUUCCCAUUCUUCAAUUUUUUUUCAAUUUCAAUUUCAAUUCAAUUCAUUCAGUCUUCAGAGUAAGAUGAAGAAAAUCUCUGCUGAAUCAUGGUAUAAUGGAAGAGUUAGUCGUCGGCGCGGGUUACGGUCCACAAUUGUUGUCCAAUACGUCCCGGAGUGACAGCUAGCGUUGGGAAAUAAUUUUGGCCCGUUAGUAGUACCAGCGAAUAAACUGCUUCACCAUGUUGGAACAGUACGGCGCCCAGCUUGUCCAGGGCUGACGGGCGUCGGAAUAUUAUCCCAUGAGAGAGCGGCAAAGAGACCGACCAGUCGACGUGUUGAAAUGAGAUAAUAAUAAUCUACUGAAUCAUGUUCACGUGAAUAAAAUGAAUAUAUAGCCAAAUAUUUCAAUUACGCUUAUUUCUUGUGUUACGAAUGAUGUCAUGAAAUGACGUCAGGGAGUAGCGGUUUGCGAUUUAACGAAAACUCUGUUUGAGAUGCACUCUGCUACGAAAAAAAUUACCUUUUUGAAGGCUAUGUCUUCCCUGGAAAGGCUGCUCUACUGCGAAACGCCGUUGGUCGAACAGACAAAAGAACUGUCCGCGGCUCUUCCUGGCGUCCGACUUAUUCCGCACUAUUUGUAA